UGCAGGGCGUGCAGUCCAGCCUCCGCUUCACCGGAGCUUAAGCCUUGCAGCAGGAGAACUUCCACCUCGCCCUCCUGGCUUUGAGCCUCACUGUAUAUCGGACCAGAGGCGCCGAAGGGAGGGAGGAUGCGAGAUGACCGGCCCUUUGGCAACCUGACCAUCUCUUUAACAGAACCUUGGAAAAACAGCCGGCGGCUGACUGCAGGACCAAGGAGGCGCCGCGCCUCUUGUGGAUGUAUGUGUGUGUGUGUGUGAGUGUGUGUGAGAGGGUGAGCGGGUGUGAGGGUGUGUGAGUGUGCAUCACGACUGUGUGUGUGCAUGGCUGGAUGAGUGUGCCAGUGCACGCGUGAGUGUGUGUCUGUAUGUGUGUGUCUGCGUGUGUGUGAGAGUGUGUGAGUGAGUGCUCUUGGUUAUUAUUUUUUUUGGAAGAAAAAUCUUGAAAAUCUUGGGCAGGUUACCGUGCCCCUAGGGUGGUGGUUCUUCUGCAAGAGGAGUUGACCAGACCGAGCUACUUGAGACAUUUUUCUCGCCAAGUAAAGAGAAAUUUCCUUUGAGAACGAGAGGGAUUUUUCCGCUGGCUCUGCAGCUGAGUGAAAGAGAUUAGCCCCCUACACCUGUGAAAUCGACCAGAGCCGUGUGAUUACUAGGGUUGGAGCGAGGAUUUGGGAAGAAAAGGAGCAAUAAAUCCAACAGCCUGUCAGUGCCUUUGGCCACAUUGGAAGAUGUCAUCUCAAACUAAGUUCAAGAAAGACAAAGAGAUCAUUGCCGAAUAUGAAGCCCAAAUAAAAGAGAUCCGCACGCAGCUGGUGGAGCAGUUCAAGUGCUUGGAGCAGCAGUCGGAGUCGAGGCUGCAGCUGCUCCAGGACCUCCAGGAGUUUUUCCGCCGGAAAGCCGAGAUCGAGCUCGAGUAUUCCCGCAGCCUGGAGAAGCUGGCUGAGCGCUUCUCCUCCAAGAUCCGCAGCUCCCGGGAGCACCAGUUCAAGAAAGACCAGUAUCUCCUCUCGCCCGUGAACUGUUGGUAUCUAGUCCUGCACCAGACCAGGCGGGAGAGCAGAGACCAUGCCACCCUCAACGACAUCUUCAUGAACAAUGUCAUUGUCCGCCUCUCCCAGAUCAGCGAGGAUGUCAUCAGACUCUUCAAAAAGAGCAAGGAGAUUGGCCUGCAGAUGCAUGAGGAGCUACUGAAGGUCACCAACGAGCUCUACACAGUCAUGAAAACCUACCACAUGUACCACGCAGAGAGCAUCAGUGCGGAAAGCAAGCUGAAGGAGGCCGAGAAGCAGGAGGAGAAGCAGUUCAACAAGUCGGGAGACCUCAGCAUGAACCUGCUCCGGCAUGAGGACCGGCCCCAGCGCCGCAGCUCUGUGAAGAAGAUCGAGAAGAUGAAGGAGAAGAGGCAGGCAAAGUAUUCCGAGAACAAGCUGAAGUGCACCAAGGCCCGGAAUGACUACUUGCUGAAUCUGGCGGCCACCAACGCGGCUAUAAGCAAAUACUACAUCCACGACGUCUCCGACCUCAUUGACUGCUGUGACUUGGGCUUUCAUGCCAGCCUGGCCCGCACCUUCCGGACCUACCUCUCAGCCGAGUACAACCUGGAGACCUCGCGCCACGAGGGGCUGGACGUCAUCGAGAACGCCGUGGACAACCUAGAUUCCCGAAGCGACAAGCACACGGUCAUGGACAUGUGUAACCAGGUCUUCUGCCCCCCGCUCAAGUUCGAGUUUCAGCCCCACAUGGGGGACGAGGUGUGCCAGGUCAGCGCCCAGCAGCCCGUCCAGACGGAGCUGCUCGUGCGGUACCACCAGCUGCAGUCCAGACUGGCCACUCUCAAGAUUGAGAACGAGGAGGUCAGAAAAACUCUGGAUGCCACCAUGCAGACGUUGCAGGACAUGCUGACCGUGGAGGACUUUGAUGUCUCUGACGCCUUCCAACACAGCCGGUCCACAGAGUCUGUGAAGUCGGCUGCCUCCGAGACCUACAUGAGCAAGAUCAACAUCGCCAAGAGGAGAGCCAACCAGCAGGAGACAGAAAUGUUCUAUUUUACGAAAUUUAAAGAGUAUGUGAACGGCAGUAACCUCAUCACUAAGCUGCAAGCCAAGCAUGACUUACUCAAGCAGACUUUGGGCGAAGGCGAGAGAGCGGAAUGCGGUACAACCAGAGGAAGAAGAAAUGCUCGAUCCAGGAACCAGGAUUCAGGACAAGCUAUACCACUGGUCGUCGAGAGCUGUAUCCGAUACAUCAAUUUAUACGGACUCCAGCAGCAAGGCAUCUUCAGAGUGCCAGGAUCUCAGGUCGAAGUCAAUGACAUCAAAAAUUCCUUUGAGAGAGGUGAAGACCCCCUUGUGGAUGACCAAAAUGAACGAGAUAUCAAUUCAGUUGCUGGCGUUCUAAAACUGUAUUUCCGAGGACUGGAAAACCCACUCUUUCCUAAGGAAAGGUUUCAGGAUUUGAUAUCUACUAUUAAACUCGAGAACCCAGCUGAGAGGGUGCACCAGAUCCAACAGAUCCUCAUCACCCUUCCCCGCGUGGUCAUCGUGGUCAUGAGAUACCUCUUUGCUUUCCUCAACCACCUCUCACAGUAUAGCGACGAGAACAUGAUGGAUCCCUACAACCUGGCCAUCUGCUUUGGGCCCACCCUCAUGCACAUCCCCGAUGGGCAAGACCCUGUGUCCUGCCAGGCACACGUCAACGAAGUCAUCAAAACCAUCAUCAUCCAUCAUGAAGCCAUCUUCCCCAGCCCCCGGGAGCUAGAGGGACCUGUGUAUGAGAAAUGCAUGGCUGGAGGGGAAGAAUAUUGGCAUGCUGUCUGCGCUGCCCCACGGAGCCGGGGCCCUCUGACUGAGGCUCCUGGGCUGCCUUCUGCUGUCCUCAUGGAUGCUCUUGCCCUUGCUUUCCUUCCAGAAGUGGAGCAGAUCGAGGCCAUCGCCAAGUUUGACUACGUGGGGCGGUCCCCACGGGAGCUGUCCUUCAAGAAGGGAGCCUCACUGCUGCUGUACCACCGAGCCUCCGAGGACUGGUGGGAGGGUCGUCACAACGGCGUGGACGGGCUCAUCCCACAUCAGUACAUAGUUGUACAGGACAUGGACGACGCCUUCUCUGACAGCCUGAGCCAAAAGGCCGACAGCGAGGCCAGCAGUGGGCCGCUGCUGGACGACAAGGCCUCCUCCAAAAACGACCUGCAGUCCCCCACGGAGCACAUCUCGGAUUACGGCUUUGGGGGGGUGAUGGGCCGAGUGCGGUUACGAUCUGACGGAGCAGCCAUCCCCAGGCGCCGAAGCGGGGGCGACACUCACAGCCCGCCCCGGGGCCUGGGCCCCAGCAUAGACACACCGCCCCGGGCCGCCGCCUGCCCCAGCAGCCCCCACAAAAUCCCCCUCACUCGGGGAAGGAUCGAGAGCCCCGAGAAGCGGAGGAUGGCGACGUUCGGGAGCGCCGGCAGCAUCAACUACCCCGACAAGAAGGCGCUCUCCGAAGGGCACAGCGUGCGGUCGACGUGCGGUUCCACCAGGCACAGCAGCCUGGGGGACCACAAGUCCCUGGAGGCCGAGGCCCUGGCCGAAGACAUUGAGAAGACCAUGAGUACGGCUCUGCACGAGCUUCGGGAGCUGGAGAGGCAGAACACGGUCAAGCAGGCGCCGGACGUGGUGCUGGACACCCUGGAGCCCCUGAAGAACCCGCCAGGCCCCAUCAGCUCGGAACCGGCCAGCCCCCUGCACACCAUCGUUAUCCGCGACCCCGACGCCGCCAUGCGCCGCAGCAGCAGCAGCUCCACCGAGAUGAUGACCACCUUCAAGCCAGCCCUGUCCGCGCGCUUGGCCGGCGCCCAGCUGCGCCCGCCCCCCAUGCGGCCGGCGCGGCCCGUGGUCCAGCACCGGUCCAGCAGCAGCAGCAGCUCGGGAGUGGGCAGCCCGGCCGUGACGCCCACCGAGAAGAUCUUCCCCAACAGCUCGGCCGACAAGUCGGGCACCAUGUGA